CCAUGAAUUGGACUGAGCUCCAAACUCAAAACUUUGUCUAUCUAGCUACUAGCAAAAGCUAGCUCAUCCUUUUCCUUUCUCCCUUUGGGAUUAGCAGCCUCUGCUUUCCAUAACAGACACAAUGGGAGUUAGAAAUUCUAUUGUUCUUGUUUCCUUCAUGUUGCUCCUUGCUUUAUCUUCAGCCUUCCCUAAACAUAAAAAACAGUACAAACCAUGCAAAAACCUAGUGCUCUACUUCCAUGACAUUAUUUACAAUGGCAAGAACGCUGCCAAUGCCACAUCUGCAAUUGUAGCAGCACCUCAAGGAGCCAACCUAACCAUCUUGGCUCCCCAAUUCCACUUCGGGAACAUUGCUGUUUUCGAUGACCCCAUCACCCUUGACAACAAUCUGCACUCAAAGCCUGUGGGCAGGGCACAAGGCAUGUACAUCUAUGAUACAAAGAAUACUUACACCGCGUGGCUUGGGUUUACGUUUUCUUUGAACACCACAGCCUACCAGGGUACCAUAAACUUCAUCGGAGCUGAUCCCCUUAUGAUAAAAACUAGAGAUAUAUCCGUCGUGGGUGGCACCGGAGACUUUUUUAUGCACCGGGGAGUAGCAACAAUCAUGACGGAUGCGUAUGAAGGUGAAGUAUACUUCAGGCUCCGGGUUGACAUCAACUUUUACGAGUGUUGGUAAAUUUAAGCAUGUUUACAUCAGUUCCGAGUUUUGGUGUUCAAAUAUGUCCGAUCUGUUACAAUCUGGUGUGCUUAAAUUUGAGAGUUUUGAAUUGGCUCAGCCAAGGAUGAACUUAGUCCAUCAAUAAGCAACAUGAUCUUAAUUUUACAGUCAAAAUUGUACUUUCAUAUCCAUCAAUAAACAUAUGCUCUUAAUUUUCCUAAUA